CAGAUACUCGCUAUUCCACCACUAAUCAGCCCUGUAAAUUGUCUUCUCGACCGUCGGAUUAGAAUUCAUUUCAACUCCUGCCUUGACUUGCAACCACAACCAUCUCCGCAUACCGUGGUGCACCGCCUCUACCUAGCUGAUGCGAAGGAUGCCGUCCGUACCAGUAUUCGGGCGCAUUCAUGCGGCAGAGAAGGAUAUCUUAGAAGGUAUGUUGAUUGUCGCAAUCAACACAAGUUGUUGCUCUUCACUCAUUAGAUUCGUCUGGGCUUGCCUGCACUCGUUUGGACUCGUCUAUACUCCGAGUCGUCUGCAUUCGUCUGUACUUGUCUUCACUCGUCUUAGCUUGCCUUCGUUCGUCUGGACUUGCCUGCACUCGUUUGGACUCGUCUGUACUCGUCUGCAUUCGUCUGUACUUGGCUUCACUCGUCUUGGCUUGCCUUUGUUCAUCUAGAUUUGCCUGCACUCGUUUUCACUCCCCUUGACUUGUGUGCAUUCGUCUGGGCUUGCCUGCAUUCGUCUGUACUUGUCUUCACUUGUCGUGGCUUGCCUUCGUUCGUCUGGACUUGCCUGCACUCGUUUGGACUCGUCUGAAUUCGUCUGCGCUCGUUUGGACUCGCUUUGGACUCAUUUGAACUCACCUGGACUCAUUUGAACUCGCCUGGACUCACCUGGACUCAUCUCUCAUUUUGACUCGCCUUUGUUCAUGCUCCUCCCUACUGACAGAGUCACAAGCCCUGGCCCAGGCCCUCCUAAAGGACCUGGCCUGAGUUUU